AUGUGGCCAUUCACAAAAUGCGGCAACGACGCCUGCACCGCCCGUAACCCGAAUACCCUCGACACCAAGGCGCUGGUCGCUCUGCUCCCUUUCGCAGCGGCUUUUAUCAUCGUUGAUAUCCUCGUUGUCCGAUACGUGUUCCCCAAACUGAGCCGCGCGCACGACGAAUAUCGCGACGGCGAAGACCACUACCUCCCCGCGCAUGCGCCGCCAGCGUUGCGACAAGCCCACGCAGAGCACGGCAGCAAGAGCUGGAAACGACGAGGCGCGGCGUGGACAUUUGGCGCUACAGUUGCUCUAGCUUCUACGCUGGGCUUGCUCAUUCUAGCUGAAAUAUUGGAGGCUGUUGAUCCGGUGGCGAAGAAUCUGGCUUUGCAUGUCACUGUGCCGUCGCUGCUCUUCCUUCUGAUUGUGUUGGUCCCCUGGCUACAAUGUCGAGCCAUCAUCACCAGCGCGGGAUGGAGCUUCCAACGUACGGCCAAGGGCUCAAUCCCCAAGAUGGCUUGGUCCCUACAGCUUGUGCUUUUCGGCGCAUGGCUAUUCACAUUCUGGUCUGUCGGGAACACGGUACCAGAAUCAGCUACCAAGGACCUGUACGAGAGAGGCAUGAAGCGCAGCUACUCUGAGAUUUUGACAAAGGAGUGUCUCGAGAGGGUAGGCGUAGUGGGUAUUUGCCUAAUGGCUCUAUUAGCCGGAUUUGCGUCCGUAUCUACGCCUUGGCAUACCUUUAUAGAUGCGUCAACACGCAAGAAGCGGCCGGUUACGGAGGCUGAUGUUAACCGAAAGCAAGCUGGGUUGGAAGCAACCAGCGAAAUGCUCGUCACGAAGCGCCAUCGGCUUCAGCAGCUGGAAAGGAAAGCGUCGGAUCCAGCUACUGCUGCCAAGAGCUCAUCCGGUCUGGUAGGCAAAAUGUUGGGCACGUUCCGGGGAAUAUCAAAUGACGAGGCUGAGAUGCGGGCACUAAGACUCGAUAUUUCCGGUUUGGAAACCAUGGAAGCCAAUCUUGCUUCUAACCUAUCUCUAAUGCAGAACCACCGCGCUGCCACCGUUCGAGCCUCCACAACAUGCGGUCAAAUCAUGUUGGUGCCGUCUUAUGUCUUUGCCGGGUACUGCGUCUAUCGCAUCCUCGCCACCACACUCACCACGUUUCGACGAUUUCACUCCCCGUCCGCCAGCUUCGCCAACAGCGAUCCCAUCAACCGAUUCCUCGGUCUCAUGGCGCGCCACUGGGACCCCAAGCUCGACCAACUCGCGUGGGCACGAACAAUCAGCUUCGCCUUGAGCGGAGUCAUCCUCCUAGCCAGUGCGAACAGCGUCGUCCAGACAUUCCACCUCUUUGCCAAAUGGACACCAGGCCUCCUGCGACACGCACAAGCAAACCUCGCCUUAACAAUUGGACAAAUCACCGCCACAUAUGUCAUCUCAGCGUCCCUCUUGUUAAGAAGUCAAUUGCCUGCCAAGGCGGGAGGCGCCGUGACUGGCGUUCUCCAAGGGGCAUUGAGUCCAUCGUUUGUGGACCACUGGUUCGAGACGUGGUUUCUGCUGGGGAGCGUGUUGACGACCUUGGGAAUAUGGCUGGGACGAAAGUUGUCAAGAGGCUUUGACGAUGACUGGGAUGAUUAUGGUAUGGAAGAGAUGGGAGCAAAGCGGUCGUAG